CUUCCGCCCGUCCUCUCCCCAACCCGUCCCUCCCACCGAUUCGCUCGGUCGCCGCCCGCCCACCCGCCCGCCCGCGCGCGCGCGAGAUCCAGACCAGACGCCGCCGACGCGCGCCGACGGGAUCUCUGUCCACCCGACGGGACGAACCGGUAGGACGGCGCCGAAGAGGAGGAGGAGGAGGAGGAGGAGGAAGCGGGGGCCAUGGAGGCGUCUUCCUGGGACGCCCUUCGCAAGCAGGCAAGGAGGUUGGAGGCUCAGUUAGAUGACCAAAUGAUUGCAUAUCGUAAAUUGGUUUCUAUGAAAUCAGAUGGUUCAGAGAACGAUAUUGAGUCAGAUAUAGAAAGAUCGCUCAAGCAAUUACAGCAAGUAAAUUCGCAAAUGCAAACUUGGGUAUCAUCAGGAGGUUCUGAAGUUCUUUCUCAUACUCUGACUCGUCAUAUGGAGAUUUUGCAAGACCUGACUCAGGAAUUCUAUCGGCUUCGAUCAAGCCUCAGAGUGAAACAACAACAUGCUUCUCUUCUUGACUUGAGAGAUUUUGAUAGAGCAAAGUUUGAUGUUGAAGAGGCAUCAGACUCAGCUGAUCAAGCUCUUCUCAGGGAGCAAGCUGCAAUUAGUAGGAGCACCGGACAGAUGGAUAACGUGAUAUCACAAGCUCAAGCAACGCUAGGCUCUCUGAUGACCCAACGGUCAACAUUUGGUGGCAUCACUUCAAAGAUAAGCAAUGUCAGCAGCCGGCUUCCUACGAUCAACCACGUCCUCUCGUCCAUUAGAAGGAAGAAAUCCAUGGACACCAUCAUUCUUUCCCUCGUCGCGUCGGUCUGCGCAUUCCUCAUCUUCAUCUACUGGCUGUCUAAGUAGUUUUUGCCAGAGCACAAAGGUAUUACAGUGUUGUACGUUUUGGGAUCACACUACCGGUACAGAUAAUCUUGAUUGGUGUUUGUACAAUAUUGGUUGAUUCAAUGAUGAUAUUACGAUUCGGCGUGCUGUAGCCACCAUGUCUCCA